CAAAGGAACUGAAAAUAUGCGGCAGCGUGAGGAGCGGCGGAGAGGUCUGUUGCUCCGCGGACAUGGAGGUGAGAUUGCAGGAGAGGGCGCGUAACAAGCACGAGGAAGCCACCAAAGACACUCUCCAGCGACUGCAUCAGAUCCUGUCGACGAGAGGGACAAGGUUCCACAGUUUCUUCAAACUUCUGCUGACUGACAGCAAGAGGAGCUUCCACGAGAUGUUCAAGAAAACUUACGGCAUGCUUUACGAGCAGAACUCGUACGUCUUCACGGAUCUGUACAAGGAACUGGAGAAUUAUUACGCCAAAGGGACGGUUAACUUGAAUGAUGCCAUGGACAACUUCUUCAACACUCUCUACCUGAAGAUGUUCACCGUUCUGAACAGCCAAUACGAUUUCGACAACAAGUAUCUGGAGUGCGUGGGCGAAAGUAUGAAAGAGAUGAGGCCGUUCGGCGACGUCCCGCAGAAACUGGGCGUCCAGAUCAAGAGAUCGUUCGUCGCGACAAGAGCGUUUAGCCAAGCUAUGACCGUGGCCGCAGACAUCCUGAAAAACAUGCAGUCGUUGAAGCCGUCCGCGGACUGUGCAGCUGCAUUCACCAGAAUGACAGUCUGUCCGUCGUGCAGCGGGAUCACCGGGAACGUGUUAGCGUGCGGCGACAUGUGUACUAACGUGAUGAAGGGUUGCUUGGCCCAGCAUGCGGCUCUGGACACUGAAUGGAAUCACUUUGUCGAGGCCGUGGACAAGGUGGCGGAACGGCUGCUGGGCCCGUUCAACAUCGAGAUGCUGGUGCGACCGAUCAAUCUGAAAAUCUCGGAGGCGAUAAUGAACUUCCAGGAGACCGGGACCGACGUCUCGCAGAGAGUGUUCGCCGGUUGCGGCCGGCCGAGGCUCGGCAGACGAAGACGUAGGCGCAGGGACGACCGCGAACUGGAGCUCGAGUCGCUGAACUUCGAUCAGGAAACGUUGACCGAGGACCGGAGGUCCUCGACUGCGGCCAGCCUGGACAAGCUCGUGAAGGAGAUACGGCAAAGAGUCCGGGACUCGCGCCAGUUUUGGGUCUACCUGCCGUACAAACUGUGCAACGACGGCCUCGUCGUCCCGCCGAGCAACACGAAGGAGUGUUGGAACGGCACGCACGUCGACAAGUAUAUAUACCCGGUGUCGUUGAAUGGCGAGACUCAGAGCUUGAACCCAGAGGUACGCAGCUCGGGACCGAGGCCGACCAUCGUUCGAGAUCAGGUCUUCGCGUUGACCACCAUCACGAACAGGCUCAAGUCGGCGUACAAUGGGCAGGAUGUCGAUUGGAUAGACACAGACGAAUCGGAUUGGAACAGUUCGGGAAGCGGAUCCGGCGGCGGCAUAGACGAAGACAACACCCCGAUCACGGACGACGAGGACGGGUUCAAGGAGGGUUCGGGCUACGAGCCGAAGGUGUUGCCGCCGGACACGCCGAAGCAAUCACCGCCGGCGGUUCAUCCCGACGCCGUGCCACCGAGGUUGGACACGGUGCCCAACGUGUCCGGCGGCAAGAGCGAGGAUGGGUCCGCGGCCGGGUCUGGGUCCGAUUCGAGCGGCGGUUCCGGGUCCGGUACCGGCAGCGGCGACAGCAGUACGGGCACCGGAAACGGCACCACCACCGCGGACAGCGGCGCGAGCAGACAGAAAAUGUCCCUCUCGCGCGCCCUGACGACGUACCUCGUUCCCAUAGUGGUUAUGUGGUUCGGUGGUUGUCUCACCGAGUGGCUGUGAUCGUGUGGUUUCCGAGGAGAACGUACCGCUAUGUAAAUAAAUUCCUUUCGACCGUAACUCGCGUCCUCGGUGUGUCGCGCGAGUACUCUAAAGGGAACAAUGGUCCCCAGUGGCUGCCGGCCGAGAGAGGACAUCGAUCGGUUCGAGGAGGCGCGCGCGUUCUCCAUCGAACAAUCUGACACGAACGUCGGGGGACGCCUUACGGAGACGGUACAUCCCGUGGACGUUGACCAGACAUACGCUGCAGCUGGCUCGAGACAUCGGCAAAGAGUUUCCUCCACGGUGGAAUGCUUCCGCUCGUCGACGAACCCCGCUCGGAUCAAAGCGCGAGCUCGCGAUGGCUGCCGGACGGCUAGGUUAUACGCAGGACUCUCAAGAGGAUUCCUGCGGCGAUCCACCGCCGGAAGAGCGCGGUUUACAGUCGUCGUUCCUAGGCCCUGAGGUUGCCCGAUGACCAUAAGGCAAAAUGCAAGUCGUGGUCGUCUUCGUGGCAAGGACUCUAGCAGAUCCGGAAGGUCUCGACGAUGCACGACGGUUCACGCGAAGCUUGUGCGAACCGAGUAACCAGACGAAUUUAACCCAGACGGCCGCGAGGACCGAUUAUCGAGCGACUGACGGAUUCGUGUGGAUCGAUUAGCAUCAUCUGUGAUCCGUAUUCGAGGACGAGCUUCUGAAGAGAUCGCCGCAGACACGGCGACGGAAAAAGGAAUUCCGGUCGGUUUCGCUGGUAUACCGGUUCGGUACCAGCGAGGACAGUGGGGAGGAUAGAGAGAGAGAGGAAAAUCCUUAUUUUUUCUUCGAGGAUAUGCUUGUUGAACGGGGUGUGGUUUGAACAGUUUGAGAUUCUAUGGUGAAAUGUAAAUAAAGAAGGGUGGGCGCGCGAUUAAGGGUUCCGCGGCGGAGAACACGUUCGUGGAAACACGGGAACACUUCCUCCGGAAGUUUACCCUCGUGCGUUCCCGGCUUUCGAACUGUCCAACGCGUGGCUUUACGUCGCUGUAACGGAGUCACGAUCGGCGCAAAGUCUUGGGAAACGAUUCUCUCCAUCUUGAGACGAUCCUUGAGACGUUUUUUAAUCGUCGACGGACGAACGUCGACGUGAAAGUCUGAAGUUCCAGGCGAACGAUUCGAUUAUUCGGAUGAUCGGCGGAUCAAACUUUAAGAGAGGAAUAUUUGAUAUGCUUUAACACUUUGUUAGCAACCCGCGACAAAUUCUACAAAACUGAAGUAUUUUAUUGAAUCGAAUCGAAAUUGGAAAGUUUAGUUGUAGAACGUGGUAAAAUUAAAACUUAGUAAAAUUAAGAGGAUAUAAUAGAUUAGCGUAAAGACUAAUUUUCAAAUCCUAGUAGAUAAUUCUGCGAAUCGCAUAAUCGAUGACGUACCAGUAAAAGCGUUUUAAACACUCCUUGUUCAAGAAACAGUUGAUUCUGAAGAAAUUCAAGAAAAUAUAAUUUAGCCGGAAGGCAUUGAUAACGGAAAGAAAAACCUUUGUAACUUUCCCGAGAAAAAAGAAAUCAGAAUUUACAGGACUCGCGCGUCGAUGAUCAGAUCGCAGAUGGACGUUAAACCUAGUUGGACAGUGUAAUCGAAUCGACGUGUUUCUUUGCGCCGCUCCGCCGCCGCUGCCGCGUCAUUCCAACAACCGGUACUCCGAAACGCGGUCGAAAAUCGACUCCUGUGAUAAAAUCAAAAAAGUAAAAAAACGGUAAAAGAAGAAGAAGAAGCGCCUUGACAUCAUUCUGGCAACGUCGAGCCUACACGCGGGCAGAAUAAAAAAAAAAAAAGAAACAGAGACAUUAUUCUACAAAUCUAGUGAAAUAUUCAAAUAAAUAUUACGAAUAAUUAUUUGUAAUUAUAUAAUUAUAUAUUAUUAUUAUUAUUA